UUCCAACCUGCGCGUCGCAGUUAUGGACUCAUAUGGACUCUGGUGAACUGCGGUAUACAUUCAGAUGCGUAGGCAUUCAUCCGUUUUACAUUAUUUUUAAAGUUGUUGUGACUAUUCUGCUACAUUUUUACGUCACAUCGAAUAUGUUACACAUGUGUCACCGAAAAGUGGACAUCGAAUAGAAUGAUUCAAACAUUUUUAAACUGUUGAAUGUUUACAAAAAAAGAAAUUGUAGUUCCUUUUCUUAGUAAACAUAAUGAAAUUAUGGGAAAUUUGAAUAAAAUGUGAAAUUUGUUUUACCCAUUUCAUAGUAUAAUGUAAUUCCAGUGAAAGUCUAAUUUCAUUAUGUAUAAAGGUUAUUUUACUACUACAUUACAACUAUUUUACUACUCCAUGUUUAUACAUGCAUGUAUGAUACAUGAUAAUUUUGGUUUUGUCUGUGAUAUCGAUGGUUGUAAUGCACCUAGAAUAAGGUCAUAUCCUUUUAAACCUAUGAAUUUUUGUAAAGAUGAAGAUAUUCCCACUAAUAUUAGUUUUGCAUUAGUAGAAGAAAGAAAUGACAUUUCUAAAUAUCCAAAUCAAUUUUACACCACAAAAAAAUUGCAUGUAUGGAUUAGUCUUGUUAGCAAAUGAGUCAGUUAACAAAGAACAAUGUAUGAAUUAUACUUUUGAGAAAUUUAAUGAUGCUGAAAUACAUACUAGAACCAGUAUACUUAUUGACUUAAUUGAUGAUUAUCAGGGUAGUGUUAACAUAACUCUUCCAUAUAUAUUUACAGCAUGUUAUUCUAUCAAUUUUUGCUUUGGUAAUAGAAACAUUAUAGCACACAAUGCAUUUCUAAAAACAAAUUAUAGUCGUACAGAAAUCAGUAGCCCUGUAAUGUUUGAAUGUUCAUACAGUAUUAUAUCUGAUAAUACAAUGAAUAAACUAUUAAACUUUGAAGUCAAUUUUUCUACACCAAUAGUAGAAGAUGUACUAGUAGAAUUGGGGUUGCUUGAUAGUUAUGAAGAUAAGGAAAGCUGUAGUUCUGGUAGGGAGGAGCCAAAUAUAAAUCAGAUGUUUCAUGUUCUGGAGCAUAAUACAAAAAAUAAGUACCCUAACUUCACUACAACUUUAACUGUAAAUGGAAUGUAUGAAGCAAGCGGAAAAUUUCAAAGUAGAAAAAUUAUACAAAAUACAAAUUACUGUUUUAAUAUAAUUUAUAGUGAUAUAAGAAGUAAGGGGGGAACUCUUUGGAAACCUCCAGUAGAAAAAACUUAUUGGCAUCAACAAUGCCGAAAUAUAACUAAUUACAGCCAGUUUGAAUUUCAAUUCGGUUCAAUUGAUUCUGAUACACAUUCUUCUUUGCUCUUACAUAUUGUUACUAUUAUAUUAGUUGCAAUAUGUGGAAUUGUAUAUAUCAUUUAUAUUAUACAUACCUAUAAGAAACGUGGAAGCAGAUACUCUACAUAUAUUUUUCAUAAAUCGGGUGUACAUGACGACAAGAAUGAAAUGCAAUAUGAAAAUACAGGCAUUGUUUUAUUGUAUUCGAAAGGCUGUGAAUCUUUUAUGUCAUUAAUGACAGAUUUUCGUGAAAUGCUACGUAAAGUUUGUGGAUGUGUUGUACAUGAUUGGUAUGAUGGUAUAGAAUGUAAUUACGUAGCUGAAAUUGGUGGUUCUGAAUGGUUUGCUGAAAUGCUUCAUAAACAAUAUUGCAUUAUUUGGAUCGAUACACCAAGAAUGCGAUCGCUAAUUACAUCAAGAUUUAAAAGAAAUGAUUCGGAACAAUAUAAUUUUAUAGAAAUUUGUGAUUUUCGCGAUGUAGUUUUUCCUACGAUAUUUAAUUUAGCGAAACGCAAUGUCGAAGAAUCUGUGAUAGAAGAGGCCAGGCAUUUUAUUGUACGACUAAAGGGAUUUGAUAAUUUUGAAGACGAAACUGAUCCAUUCGUCGGUUUGUUUUCGCGCACACGUUAUUUUAUACCUGAGGACUUAAAUUCUUUAUGCUCCGAUUUGCCAAUAUUGAGGUCAGAUAAAGUUACAUUAUCUAUGAACCAAGAGUAUGAGCAUCUAGAACAGUAUUUACGUAAGAUUAAAUCUGGUUUGAACAAAUGAUAGCUUUCAUCAUUCAUUGAUGUGUAUGGUCUGUUCCACGAGACCUUGAUGUAAUUCGAUGACGAGUUUUCGAUCUUCCUGUACAUGUUAUUUGAUUUAGUUCUAUAUGUGUAUAUAUUAUGUAAUCUAUGGAAACGGGUAUGCGUUUUUAUACAACAAAAAGUUUGAUCAUAAUGGGUUUUUUGUACGAUUUUCGCUGUUCGUUCAUCCCCUCCCCCCCUCCAACUACCCCCUGUGGCUGGGGGGCUUAGAAUACAGCCUCGGUAUCCCCUGCCUGUCGUAAGAGGCGACUAAAAGGGGGACGUAAUAGAGCGAGCAAGGCAAUAUGAUGUAAAAGUACCUGUAAGCGAAUGAAAUGAUUGUAACGUCGAUGAUGAGAUACAGAAGCAAAAAUAUGGCGAAUGUAUGAGAUGAGAUUUAAAAAAGGCGCGCGGCGACCAUAAUUUUUCAGCAGGCAGAAAGGAGCCGUUCGCUCCUAGAUAAUGUCGCAUUCAAGAGAGGGAAAUUUAUCAAUCAAUCAUGUUUCCCCACCGUAUAUGUGACUAUGGCGGCAGAAGAUGACUAUAGAUGGGAAUCACCGUGGUUAGGAAUUUCUCUCGGCUGUCGAAUUACGCAAAACAAGGUUAUUCUCUCGCUGGUUUUUAAAUUACAAUAUCAUGGAAUGAAAUAAUUCCUCAAAAAUAAAGCCAAAGAAGAAUUACCAAUAAUUAUAAA